AUGGGCUCAUCACCGCUUUCGCUGAAGCGCGCCUUGCUUCUCACAGUCCUCUUUGCGCUACGGGUCGUGGCCCAAAACGACAACGAGGGCGACAGCCCAGCAGCGACCACAACAGAGGUGCAGAACGAUCCCGAGCCGACGCCAACGACCCAGGCCAUCGCCACGCCUACGGCGCGGACCACAACCACGACGGACGGCGACGACCCUACCACGACUGAGCAGACAUCAACACGGACAACAUCCUCGUCGUCAUCGAGCCGUUCCACCACCGCAAUGCCGGGCCUGACCACGACGACUACCUCCCGGGGAACCAAUACCGGCAUGCCGAAGCUUUCUAGGACAAUCGUCGACACCGAGGUCCCCACGUAUCCGCCCCCAACUAUCCCGCCGACGCGCAACGCCCCCUUCAUGAACCACUCGACCCUCCCUGACGGCACCGUCUUCAUCGCCGUAGGCGCCAUCCUGGGCGCCUUUGGCGUCGCCAUCCUCGUCUGGCGCGCUAUUGUGGCCUGCCUCCUUCACCGUUCCGUCGAGCGUGCCGCGCUGGCUCAGCACGCCGCCAACAACGGCCGUGGCCCGGGCGACAAGAACGCGGCCUCGUUCCCCGCCCCGCCAGCCCAGUUCUACAAGUACAUCGAGCGCGAAUCGUCCCCCUCCCUCGCCGGCGCAGGCGUGGGCGGUUCAACGGGACGCAAAACCCACCGCGGCCCGACGCCCUCCUCCACGCCCAGCCAGACGAACCUCUUCUUCUCCCCUACCGCGGCCGGCAGCUCUUCCGCACUGGGAGGCGCCUCGAACCGCGACUCAGCACGCUUCCUCCCCUCGGGCUUCUAUGCCUCGGCAUCGCCCGUCGCAGGCGGCGGCGGCAGCGGCCACCACGGACACGUCGCGGGCAACUCGAUCAGCAUGAGCACGCUGCGGCCUUCGUCGCGCGGACGUGGAGGAGGAGGAGGAGCAGGCGCAAACCCAUCGUUUGGCGGGCCGUCACCGCCCGAAUCGCCCAACAUGGGCCCCCGUGCGGGGGGAUCACGCAACUUCAGUACCAGCUCGCUCAACCUGAACCGGCCGCCCAGCGUGGGGACGAGGGCGCCCAGCGCGUACCUGGAUGACUUGCUUGAUGAACAGCCGGGCAUGUUUCCGCCUGCUGCUGGGGGGCCGGUGUCUCCGCAGGGGCAUGGGAGUCAGCGGGGAAGGUACUGA